AUGAGUCUCCUAUUUUCUUCCUGCUCCAGUUCUCAGUCAAAGCUGGCCUCUGUGACUAUCAUUCUUGUGCUAUUCCAACAAGCUUGCUUUGCCAAGCAUCAUCCAUCAUGUACUGCUUCUUCAUGCGGCAAAAUUCGCAACAUAACAUAUCCAUUUCGACUGAAAGGCGACCCAGAAGGUUGCGGCCUCCCAAGUUACGAACUAGAUUGCGUGAACAACGUGACAGAGUUAACUCUGUUUUCAGGGAAAUACUACGUGCAUGAUAUCGAUUACAAGAGGUACCUGAUCCAAUUGACUGAUGCGGGUGUUGUGGAUGACACUGCUUGCUCCAUUCCUCGCUAUUUCUUAUCUUCAAGGAAUUUCACUUACGUUGUUGGUCCUGACUAUACUACACCAGAUCCGCUGACUUUGUGGCAUAACGAUUGGAACUUAUUACGGUUUGAAAUGGUUGGGGUCUUGAACUGUACUAAUCCAGUGACUGAUGACCCUCGAUAUGUGGAAGUGGAUUCGGGUUGUGAUUCGGGAGGGCAUAUCUACAUGGUUUUCUCUUCUUUUCGGAUGGAGGAUAUUAAGAUCGGGUGCUAUCUGAAGGUAGCCACCUUUGCAAAUAAAACCCUUUCUUAUAACAGGAACGUUUCCUAUGCUGAUAUCCACAAGAGCCUUGUCGAGGGGUUUUCUUUGUCUUGGGUGCUCCCUGUUACUUGCAAGGAUCGUUGCAGAAAAGGUAUCAGAUGCAUUUUCAAUGAAACCUCAGAAGAAGUUGAAUGUGAUCCCCAACGUUACUGCCACUACGUCUAUCGUACCACCACCAAGUGCGGAAUUACCUCAAAGAUUCUUGUAAAUACACUAGGCUUUCUCAAAGGCAUUAUUAUUGGACUAUUGAGUAGGUUGACAUUUAGUACGAAACAAUUAAACCAACCAGUUUCCCAACAAUAUUUCGAUGGAGCCGUAUACAUAGGGCGUAAUAUUGUGUCAGCAUUCAUUGCAGCCAGAUAUCUAUUUGGUGUUGCACUUCUGCUUGGGUUAUUCAUAUACAAGUGGCAACGAAGACAUUUAUCAAUGUAUGAAAACAUAGAAAAUUUUUUGGUGGACAACCAUCUAAAUCCCAUUAGGUAUGAAUACAGAGAAAUCAAGAAAAUGACUGGAGGUUUCAAAGUGAAAUUGGGUCAAGGAGGUUUCGGUUCAGUAUAUAAGGGGAAACUUCGAAGUGGACCAGAUGUAGCAGUAAAGAUGUUGAACAAAUCCAAAGCUAAUGGACAAGAUUUUAUUAAUGAAGUGGCUACUAUUGGAAGAAUACAUCACACUAAUGUGGUACGUCUUAUUGGAUAUUGUGUUGAAGGAAAAAAACGUGCUUUAGUUUAUGAAUACAUGCCUAAUGGUUCAUUGGACAAAUACAUUUUCUCUAAAGAAGGAAGUUUCCCUUUAAGCUAUGCACAAGCAUAUGAAAUAUCACUUGGCAUAGCUCUUGGGAUUUCUUAUUUGCACCAAGGUUGUGAUGUACAAAUUUUACAUUUUGAUAUCAAGCCUCAUAAUAUUCUUCUGGAUGAUAGAUUUAUCCCGAAGGUUUCAGAUUUUGGACUUGCAAAGCUAUAUCCCGUAGAUGAUAGUAUUGUUACUUUGACAGAUGCAAGAGGAACUUUAGGCUACAUGGCUCCAGAAUUGUUUUACAAAAAUGUUGGAGGAGUAUCUUUUAAGGCAGAUAUCUAUAGCUUUGGUAUGCUUUUGAUGGAAAUGACAAGUAGGAGGAAGAACUCAAAUCCUCAUGCAGAACAUUCAAGCCAAAAUUAUUUUCCUUUAUGGAUCUAUGAUCAAUUUAAAGAAGAAAAAGAUAUAGAGAUGGACGAUUUUUCAAAGGAUGAAAAGUGUAUAGCAAAAAAGAUGUUUUUAGUUGCACUUUGGUGUAUUCAAUUGAAACCGAUGGAUCGUCCCUCGAUGAAUAAGGUAAUAGAGAUGCUUGAAGGGGAAACUGAAAACCUUAUAAUGCCUUCAAGGCCAUCUUUUUAUCCAAAUGAAAUUUCUGAAAUGGGUGUCUCAGUCAAUUCUAACCAGACAUCGUGGAAUGAUUCUACUGACUCAGAUACCUAUCUUGGUGAAACCACAAACAGUUUGUGCCCAACAUAA